CUGGCCCUUCCGCCGCGCCGUAGGUUUGUCGCCUCACCUUUGCGCCCGCGGGAGGGAGUUUACUGCGCCGGCGGGAGGGAGUUUACUGCGGCUAGGGAGAUGUUGCUGCUACGGUCACUGCGUGUGUUCCUGGUUGCGCGGACCGGGAGCCACCCGGCUGGGUCUCUUCUGCGUCAGUCGCCCCAGCCACGGCACACACUUCAUGCUGGGCCCCGUCUGUCUGCCUCGGCCUCCAGCAAGGAGCUCCUCAUGAAACUGCGGCGGAAUACAGGCUACUCUUUUGUAAAUUGCAAGAAAGCUCUGGAGACUUGUGGCGGGGACCUCAAACAGGCAGAGAUCUGGCUCCACAAGCAGGCCCAGAAGGAGGGCUGGAGCAAAGCUGCCAAGCUCCAAGGGAGAAAGACCAAAGAAGGCCUGAUUGGGCUGUUGCAGGAAGGAAACACAACUGUAUUAGUAGAGGUAAACUGUGAGACAGAUUUUGUUUCUAGAAAUUUAAAAUUUCAACAGUUGGUCCAGCAGGUAGCCCUUGGAACCAUGAUGCAUUGUCAGAGCCUAAAGGAUCAACUCUCUACAUACAGUAAAGGCUUCUUAAAUUCCUCUGAGCUUUCUGGACUUCCAGCUGGGCCUGACAGAGAAGGCUCACUCAAGGAUCAGUUGGCUUUAGCAAUUGGAAAACUGGGAGAAAACAUGACUCUUAAACGAGCUGCAUGGGUGAAGGUGCCAUCUGGGUUCUACGUUGGCUCUUAUGUCCACGGAGCAAUGCAGAGUCCCUCACUUCACAACCUGGUGCUGGGGAAGUAUGGGGCCCUGGUCAUCUGUGAGACGUCUGAACAGAAAACAAACCUUGAAGACAUUGGCCGCCGCCUUGGGCAGCAUGUGGUGGGCAUGGCCCCCCUCUCUGUUGGCUCCCUGGAUGAUGAGCCUGGGGGAGAGGCAGAGACUAAGAUGUUGUCCCAGCCAUACUUGCUGGAUCCCUCCAUUACCUUGGGGCAGUAUGUGCAGCCUCAGGGGGUGUCGGUAGUAGACUUUGUGCGGUUUGAAUGUGGAGAAGGUGAAGAGGCAGCAGAAACUGAAUAGGUUCUAGAGACUUUCGGCCCAGGAGGAAUAUUUAUUUUUAGCUCCGGACAUCAUUACAAAAAGGAGUAUUUCCCAAGCCUCUUCAGACCGAGAAUGUAUUUUUCAUUUGAGUUAUAACAAGAUUGUAGACUUCAUGGGUAAAAUUAUUAAAUAGUUAUAUAAUAAAAAUAAUUUUUUCCUUGUUUGCAUAAUA